AUGGCAACCAUCCAGGCGCUUCGGCUUGGACGACGGACUUUAACACGAACUAGCUCUUUUGCAUGGAAAUCUGGCUACACAACUCUGACAGGUACUCGAACUCAUGAUCUACCUAUACCUUCUGGCUCGUGGGAUAGUCAUGUUCAUGUCAUUGGAGAUGAGGCACGAUAUCCUCUCCACCCCUCCCACCCUUACCGCCCAAAACCCGCCUCUUUAGCUUCUCUCCAGUCUUUCAGCGCCAACCUUCACCCAAACAUAACUCACCCAGUUAUAGUAUCUCUCUCGGUCUACGCCAAUGAUAAUCGUUGUCUCCUCGACGCCCUCUCGGAUCUUAAAACCCAGGGCGCCGUCGCGCGAGGUGUGGUCGGCAUCGACCCCCACACAAUUCCCGACUCCGAACUAUCCCAAAUGCACGAACUAGGCGUACGCGGAGUUCGUCUCAAUCUAAAAUCUUCGCUUGUCGAACUUUCAAAGUCAGAAUUUGAAAAGAUCCUAUAUCGAUACGCUGAUCGUUUGAAACCGUUGAAAACCUGGGCACUACAAAUACACCUUUCUCUUCCGCAGGUUGCUCUGAUCUCUGAUAUUAUUCCAAAACUUGGGGUGACAACUAUAAUCGAUCACCUUGCCGUCCCGUCUAUGAAGCAACCGGCGAAAGCGCAGAAUGGGUAUAAGGAUUUUAUGCGUCUCUUGUCGCGUGGAGAGGUAUACACUAAACUGAGUGGUAUGGAUCGAUUUCCUACGCUACCGCUACUAGAUGAAUAUGCAACAGAAAUCGUGGCUCUGGCACCUGAUAGGAUUGUCUGGGCAAGCGACUGGCCUCAUACCGGGGGCGUUGGGAUGAAUCCUGGUGGUGAUAGGAACAAGAUUCAAGAUUUUAGGACGGUGGAUGAUGCGGCAAUGCUCAAGAAGGCUGUGGAGGUUUAUUGUAAGGGAGAUGAAGGGGUAGUGAAAAGGAUCUGGAGGGAUAACGCGAGGGAGUUGUGGGAUUACCACGGGGAAGAAUGA